AUGAACUAUACUAAUUACGAGCACACCAUAGUCAAACACUGCAGCUUUGCACUCAUCGGCUGGCCAUUACCUGGGCCCGUUCAAAAUCCCUCCAAGGUUGGCGGAAGAUCUGGGGUAGAAAGUUUGUUGAGGGUGCUUCAGGAGGGAGGCUGUCACUGGGUGAAGUUAACGGAUCAAGAACUCUUAGCACGGAUGAAGGAUAAUAGGGCGCAGGCGGCCAGAGGAGAGCCACUUUAUGUCCCAAGGAAGAGAAAGACUACAGCCCCCUCAAAG